UCAUUUUUUUAAAAAUUCUUUCCGUGUUGUAACCAUGAUUACUGCAAGUGUGAGAUUAUCUACUAAGGCCAAAAAAAGGUCUCCAGUUUCUGGUCAGCGCGCGCAAAAUAAAGAAGUUUUUAUUUGGUAUAAAACGAUGUCUUAAAGCUGCCAAACUUGUUUAAUUAACUGGAAUCCUAGUAAUUUUAACGUGUUUUUGAUAGGGUACGGUUGAGUAAUAUGCGCAGUAAAGGAGUCCCUGUAGAUCCCCAUACAUUUUAGUUGGGCAAUCUUUUUUCAGUAUCUUUAUUUCUGUAUUAUACAUUUACAUCUGGGAACCAGACAAGCGAGGUGGUCUUAUCUCUUGUGUAUAUGUACAAGCUCAAAAUGCUUUAAAACAGUAAAAGUGCGGUGGGCAGUCUAUUUUAGUGUUGGUAGCGGCCGGAGUUACGUGCAGAUGCAGUCGCGAUGGACAUCGCGCGUUAUCGUACAGCAGUUCUAUAAAAAAAGUGAGGGGGAAAAAGUCGCUUCGCUGCACCACUUUUGAAGCCAACUCCUGACCAGAAACCGCAGACCUUUUAAAGCCUGACAAACCGUUUCGCAAUGCGGUCUCCUGACCCCGAAAUUUGAGCUGCAGAAAUUUCGGUCCUUUAUUUCUGAUUUAGCUUCAUGACGGCCAAGUAUUAAUUAAAGCAAGUACAGUGGCUAAGCAAUGGAAGUGGGCAACAUUGUGGAUGCAAAGUGUGCACAUUAAGUCAAACGUUCUUAGAAUGGUCUAACUUUCGUUUUACCUAAUGUAUAAUCGAUAACUAAAUUGGCAAGUGUUUGACUCUUUUAUGCGUUUAUUUUGAAUUAGCUGCACCACCUGCUCAUACAGUUGCCUUCAACGUUACACAACGGGCUGUUGGUUUUGGUCUAGAUGUUCCAUGUACAGAUCCAGUACUUGUUACCGGUGCUGCCAAGGUUGGUCAGGAAGCACCGCCAGUGGCUGCUCAACGCCCAUUUGCUCUCCAUCCUGCACCAACGGAGGGCGCUGCACGGCACCAGACUACUGCAGCAAUUGCAACCGAGGGUUUUAUUCCCCGCAUUGUAGCAGGUGUUCUGCUAUUUCCAACUGUCUGGACGUGUACUGCAACUCCGCAACCGACCAAAGAUGCGGUGCAUGUGAUGGAGACUAUGGCACCCAAUUCGGCUCAGCCUACAAGUUGUCAGCGGACCAACGACGCUGCAUAAAGCAAUGUUCAUGGAGAACUAACAGCAACGCCUGCUAUCCCGGAUCCUGUACAAACGGCCUGUGUACCUGUAAGAGUGGAUUCUCGGGAACUGACUGCAGAACUCUGGCUACGAGUCAGAGACCGACCACAUCCGAGUACCGCGGAAGCCUCAUAAAGGGGACAACAACGGUGGAAUCGCCCGCCGUGCAGGGGAGCACGACCACGGUAUACACCGACGUCACCAACUUCACGUCCAUCCGGGUUCUGUGGACAACCUCGUACCAACCGACUGGGCUGCCGGAAUUGCCUCUGUACAUCCAACGCGUUAACCUAGGCAUUGUCUCUGCGAGGGUUACGGUGUAUGCACACCUGGCUCGAGGUCAAUUAUUGCACAUCGGCUCCCGUAGUUGCUCGUCCGCCGGCUCGCCCAGUAACCCUGCCUCAAACCUUGUCGUCUGUGAGGCCAACUUCGACAUCGACUACAGCUCGUGGUCUCCAAGCACAGGCGACGUUUUGAGAUAUACCGUGUACUCCUCGAGCGGCGGACACAUGAAGCUUUUCAACAGAGACAGCAACUCCAAUAUCCUCACACGGUACUACAGCAGCAGGCAAACAUCGGCGACGGCAACGUUCACCUUUGCCUUGGACGGGCCGUCCCAUUGUGUGGGCACCACGUCAUGUCGAAACUCAAUGCUGUCCGUGGAGAGCAAUGUAGUGACUGAGCCCAAUAUAACAAUCACGUGGGAUGACUGGACUGACAGCCACGCUGGUAUCAAGGAAUACAACCUAGAAGUGCGACACCUGUCGGGUACCAGUGGUGACGAGAUGACCGAAAUAUUGGUCAAUCCCCCGGUUUACGGGGGCGUGUCUGAGAGUGGACAGAUGGUCACCCUUCCAAGUGCCGGUGUAUAUUCCGUUGUACUCUCCGUGGUCGACAACGUGGCCAACGUUCGGCGCAGCCGGCGUUUUGUGUUUUUCGAUGAUGACCAGAACGACGUUGUCGUCGAGCCCGUCUCCUCUAUGCGCCUCCUGUCCGCUGACGGAGUGACAGAAUACAAAUGGCUGACUGUGUCCGAUUGGGCGCCUUCGCAGGCCCCCUUGGUACGGCUCGACUGGCAGGGUCACUUUGUCAACUCAAAGCAUGUCAGCCAAGGCCUUCUCAAGCCCAUAGGUCCGUAUACCAACGGUACAAUAGACGCUGAUUAUGACCAGUACUUUGGUCAGCGUGGCCGUGAAGCCAUCCCCAACGCCGGAGGAGUGACGGAGUUCCGUGUAUUGUUCGACAUCGACCAGACCAGCGGUACUACCAUUGUCGAACCGAGUAUUGACAACUCUGAUACCUGGCUUAAUGUGGGCACAGACACAAACCUGAUCUAUACCAAUCAGACAUCUGUACGAGAUGGCGAUUCCAUUCGGUUUUGGGUGGAAGCAAGGGACCUUGCCGGCCACUUUUCGAGAGACAACUUGCUGAUCCACGUCGAUUCAUCCCCACCGGUUAUCGAAGACGUAGGGCUGGUGGUCGACCUCAACAGCGUAAGCGUCAAAUUUCGGACCUUUGACAAACACAGCGGUCUGCUCGCUGUCGAAUGGCGACUUUUUGAGAACCAAACCAGUACGGUCUCAAGUUUUGGCAAUGAAACGGUGACUAUUGUCAACAUGACUGAGAAUAAUGCCUCGUGCAGCACCACAGACUGCGUGUGUACCCCCCUUGGCGAUUGUUACGCCACGGCGUACCGGUUCAUGCCAACAGUUCCUUCCAUUGUUCACGACCUAAAUUUCGUCAUCAAACUAACCGUCACAAACCAGGCAGGACUUGUAACAAACGAGACGGUAAAGUUAUCAGUUACAGCAGAGAAUGUAAAAAAGUAUUCCGAGUCGCUUGUGUCCAUCACCAACGACACUUCUUCAAUUGACGAAAAUUCUGUGCUCUCCGCGGCAGAUUUACUGGACAGCAUCGUCGGCGUUCAAGACACCUCUCCAGAGGUAACGGAAAAUGUUGUAAAGACAGUCAACAACCUGCUUCAGGUAGACGAAGGCCGGCUUGGCACAGCAGACGAGGUCGCCAACUCCUCGUCUCGCAUCGUCAAGUCUCUUGGCCGGCAAAUUUCCAACGCUCUCGCGGCUGGCCAGAACGUCAGCCUGGUGACCAGUAACCUCGCUGUCGAAGCGAGGACCUUUCGGCCCAGCACCCUGGAGCGCGGCGUGGGGUUUGCAGCCGUUAAAGGGGAGAACGGGACCAGCUACUUUGACGAAGACGCAGUGAAUGUCUACGAGUCUGGGCAAGAGGUUCCUGUGGCAGAAGCUGCAGUAUCAAUUCAGCUUCCAGCAGAUAUAGUCAACAAAUCUUCUGAGGAUGACUCCAUCCCCGUGAGUUUUGUCGUGUACCAGAGCAGCAAGCUAUUUCGUUCGGGGCGUACCAGCAACUCGUCAUCCACUCUCCCGGCUAGUUUCAUUGAGAGUCGAGUCAUCGCUGCUAAUGUAGAAGGGAGGCGAAUCACCAAUCUUCCACCAGACGCACCUGUGGUCAUUGCUUUCCUCCAAGACAAGCUAAUGAGCAUUCCCGAUCGCCAGACCACUGAGUGUGUGUUCUGGGACUUCGACCUCCGCGCCGGCAUCGGGGAGUGGUCGUCGGAAGGCUGCCGAGAGAGCUCCCCGGUCGGUGGAAGAACUGUCUGUCACUGCAGUCACGCGACUAACUUUGCUGUGCUCGUGAACAUUCAUGGUCCCAAACAUACCAGCUUCGCCUUAGACGUUUUCAGCAAGAUCGGCUCAAGUCUAUCCAUUGCAGGCCUCAGCAUCACCAUUGCACUGUACCUCGCCAUAAGAUCCCUGAGAACCUUGAAAGCCAGCCGCAUCCUCAUCAGUUUCUGCUGCUCCUUGCUCCUCCUCUACCUGGUCUUCCUGGCCGGCAUCGAGCAGACGUCUUCCCGCAGCGGCUGCAUCGCCGCUGCCGUCUUGAUGCACUACUUCGCCCUGACCUCCAUGGCCUGGAUGGGUGUGGAGGCCGCCAACCUAUAUCUGAAGCUGGUCAAGGUCUUCAAUUCUGAUGUGUCGCAUUUCUUCAUCAAGGCGUCUCUCGUCGCCUGGGGAUUACCAGCUGUCGUCAUCGUUAUCAUACUUGCGGUGGACUACAGAGUGUACGAUAGCGAAGACAGAUGUUUUCUGAAGCCCGGUACCGCUUUCUACGUUGGCCAGCUUUUAAUAAUUGGCCUCGUCUUCCUUUUCAACCUCGUCGUCUUUGCACUCGUUUUUCGAAAGUUGACAUGUGUCGCCGGCCGCGUCAAGGGCUCGCCAGGCGAAAGCAACCGAGACAUGGUCGCCAGACGCUUGAAGGCAAUGGUCUCGGUCGCAGUGCUGCUGGGGUUGACCUGGGUCUUCGGUCUGCUCUCCGUCUGGGGCACCGUCAGUUUUGCGUUUCAGGUCCUGUUCUGCAUCUGUAAUUCCCUGCAGGGCCUCUUCGUCUUCCUGCUCUUCGUCGUGCGGCAGGAGAAGGUUUCGGAAGGCUUGGGCAACCUGAGGCGUGGCUGGCGAGAGAGGCCGUUGGAUAGGUCUACGGCCAACAGCAGGCUGACGGCCAGCAAGACAUCGGUCAUCAUCACAAAAUGGUCCAGAAAAAAUGAUUCUGUCAAUUCUGACGGGCACGAGAACAUAGCAGUGGCAACCUUCGAGGAUGCCGCCCAUCCGCAGCUAACACCACCAUCAGGUCAAGGACAUACUGAGGCUGCUCCGGGCCACAACAAAACUGACACGCCGACAACCAAGGAAGGAUCCGACGCACCUGCUAACUAAAGCUACCCAUGCCCCAAUACGAAGCCACGAUUGGUCAACUUGAUCUGGGGAUGUGACUCUACUGAUGUAGCACCUUCGCCUCGUGCGCUGGCCGUUGGGGCGAGACCUAAAGAUACUACAAUACCGAUGGUAAAGGCUGUAAACAAAUGCCCCCCCCCACUAUACUCUCAAGAUUAUGGCGAUAAAGCAUAUAAAAACGGAGAUUAAAUGAUGAAGCAGCUCAUUAUAUUCUCACUGUGAGAUAUUGUUUUGUACCAAGCUCUCCCUUAUUUUAACCCCUAACAACGUAAAGUAGGCCUAUUACGAGCAUUCCUUUCAUUUAAAAAAGUCCAGGCUUUUUUUUUUCUUUUUGAAAGUGCAUCCACGGAGGUAAAAGAAUCUGGCCCUGAACUGGGACUAGUUUGUUUACCCUCUCUUGAAAGUUAGACUCCCAAUGAGGAGUGUCACCUGGCAGAAACGUUUGAUAUUUUGUCUAAUUAUCGUUCCCUUCUAAAAAGCCAUAUGCUAAACGGUAGACUCUGCUCACAGGAAGGAUUUUCACGUUCAACUAAUCAAAAGCUACUCUAGCAUGCCAGCAUGCUCUACUAUGAAGUAAAGAGAAUCCAUAAGCCCCCUCCCAUCCCCCUUAAUAAAGAACAACUAUGCUGCUGUGUUAGAGAAAGGUAGGGUUUGAAUAUAUGAAAAUCAAAACUAUAGAACAGUGAAAACUGUACAACGAUGAAACUCAACCACCGCUUAAGAAAAUACUGGAUACAGAAAUUGCAGGACCAUGAACUGUGAAGCCUGUGAGGUAAUCAAACUAUGCGUAAAUGAGACUUUACGAUAAUGAAACCAUAUGAAAAUGAACUAUGAAAUACCAACAAUCGUAGGAGAUGGAGAACACGACCACUGUUUACUCACAGAACACUUAAGUUGCGUAGAUGACGGGUUACACCUUAUUUUUGUUCAAUCUACUCGCCGCAUUUUCCACAGCAAAAACUGAUAAGUUUUCUCGAGUUUGCUCUCUGGCGCGUUUGAGAUUGGCAAAAAACAUAGUAAAUCAUUAUUUAGACUGGUCGUGUUUUACAAGAGCCUAUAUGUUUACAUCGUACACAGAAUGAUAAAACUUAUCUGAAACUUAGUCAUUGUGGUAUCCGGUUUAAAAGUAGAAUUUUAAAAUAAAAUGCGUAGAUCUGUGUAGCCUCACACUUUGUGAGGAUAUUGAAGAAGAAAAGUACUUCACAGUGCUCUGAAUAAUACAGACAGUUCUAAUAAAAAGCGCCAUUUUGAAAAAUAAUACACAUCAGUUGUAGUUAGUUCAAAUACAUGUUUAAAAACAAAUUACUGAUUUUUCAAAUAUGCUGUAAGAACGUUGUAUCCAUAAUGUGUUAUUUAAAGUGUUAACAGUAAUACGCGAGAAAUAUCCUAUGAACCUAUAAAUUUUCAAUCUAAUUUUGAAAUGAUUCAUCAACCGUUAUGCUCAGACUUUAAACUGUAAACGUUACCAGUGUUAGAGCGAACAGCGUAUAACGAUAAAAAUGAAAUCGACGACAAAAGGUUGAAUUGAUUGUCAUUUCAAUACAAGCUUGUGACUCUAAACAGAGCUCUCCGUUGUGAUGUAUCACUCAUUCUGUUAAAACAUUAAAAUAAAAAAAUGUAUGUUUCUUUUGAAUUCCACUAUGUGAGAUUCUUGCUUAACAAAGAUCUAUAUGAAAAACUUAAAAGUGGACUUGGAAAUUUUGUGUUUUAUUUUUUCAAGUUGUGUCACAAGUAGUCUUUGUGAAUAUUGCAUGGAGCAGAAAGUACUUGGAUAAAAAAAUAUCUGCCUAAUUCCUAAUUGUUACUCGGAUAUGUAAAUGUUAUAGGUUAAAUGGGAAAGGCUUGUAUAACAAACUAUGAAGGGGGUUCUGGCGAUUUGCAACUCUUUUUGUUGGGUUGGGUAACAAUAUUCUUGUUUUGCGUUGAGCACAAAGUGUAAAAGCUACUCCCUAAUCUAAUUUUAGGUUAAAAAGAUUUUUACUCAGAUGUUAAAAUGCCACGCGAAAUGCUACGUAGGCUUAUACAACAAAGUCAAAAGAAACCCGUGCAAUUUGAAACUCAUUUGUCAAGUUGGGUUACAAAUAUAAUUUACGAGUAUUAGGUUGACAACAUAUUACUCAGAUUGCUAUGUGGUGUGAAAUUAGUGAUUUCAAAUUCUGUUACGCAGAUGUAAAGAUAUUCAUCUCCGACAUCACUAGUACAAACCCAAUGGAAUUGGAUAUAGCAACAUACAACAAACUUGUCGGUUGGUUCUGGAGUUGGUUUAUUUGCCGAUUGGUUAGUUGGUUAUGAUAUAGGUUAGGCUUCAGAUCUCAGAUGGAUCUAACUAUCCCGUCAACAGAAGGGUUUAAUAAGCUAUGACCCUUGGAUUGAGAUACGUAUAAUACGAGUUUGGUUCUAACAAGUAUCCCAAGACACUCUUGCAAAUAAAGUUCGCUUAAAGCUUGUGAAAAGUA